CACCGGAACGGCACGGAGGACGCGGCGCCAUGGCCUACGUCACAGCCACCGCCACCGCCACCCGCGUCUGCGCCGUGCUGGCCGCUGCCGUCGCCUGCGCCGCCGCCGCCGCUCUCCCCCUGCCGAGCUACAUCAAGCCUUGCAAAAUCAACGAUCCUGGCCUGAAUGAAUGUUCACUGAAGAAUGGUCGAGAGGCGAUACCAUCCAUCCUAAAAGGAGACCCCAAGUACCGGGUGCCCAGCAUGGAGCCGCUGGUGAUCAGCGAGGUGAGCGUGGCGGACCGCGGCCUCAACAUCACGCUGCGCAACGUGCGCCUGCACGGCAUCACCGACAUCGAGUUCCGAUCCUCUGUAUUUGACUCAAAAGGCAAGAAGUUCGAGUGGGACUUCUUCCUGCCGCGGCUGCAAGUUCUAGCCGACUACCAGGUGGACGGCAAGAUUCUCGUGCUGCCCCUGAAAGGCAGUGGCCCCGCCAACAUUACUCUCCUUGACGUACCACUAGCGCUGAAGUUCGAGUACGAGCUGGUGAAGAAGGAGGACGGGAAGGAGUACCUGAACCCAACCAGGGCGACGCCCACCUUCGACACCAGCCGGACCUACAUACAGCUCGACAACCUGUUCAACGGUGACAAACUGCUGGGAGACAACACGAACAUGUUCCUGAACGAGAACUGGCGGGAGGUGACAACGGACGUGGGCCCCGUGAUAGCACAGGCGAUUGCCGAGGCAGUGCGCCAGAUCCUGUCCGGCAUCGCCCUGCAGGUGCCUUACGAGCAGCUCUUCAUCCUGUAGCGGCCGGCGCACCACCCAGCCACCUGCUAGAUGCUGCCUUCUCGCUUAUCUACACUCGUUCUCAGAGUGCAACCGGCGCUAGUGCAGCAUUUUAGGGUAGACGCUAAGAUGUACCUCUAGAGUCGAAGCUCAUUAAAUCACUCUUCCUUCUUCA